AACAAACAAAAACAUAACCAUAACCUCACAAUUUUAUAACCCUAAUGUAAAUUCCAAACUCACUUAUUUAUUGUUAAUUUACUUAACACACCUAUAAACCAUAUUUAAUUUCUGUGUUUGCUAUGAAUUUAACUAGAGAACUGAUCAACCAAACGUUAAAAUAUCAUAGGGUAAAUACAGUUUGUAGGCAGGUAUUUCAGGGCCAAGUUCGCUGUGGAUCUUACAAAAAUAGCAAACCAGUAGGCGAUCCUAGUGAAUACACAGAUUAUGAGAUUGUUAAAAACCCUGAAGAAUGGAAAUAUGUAGAGCGGUUACUGCCCAAAAAAUGGAUACCGAUACCAACGCAAAAAGAAAGUUACCCCUCUGGAUGGGUGCCUCCUAAAGCUGAUCCAGAAAAGGCUUCAUACUUUGUCGAGAGAAGCAGGAACCAUAUGUUGCCUAUUUACUUGGUAAUAAGCGAGCGAGGAAUGAAACGUGAAACAAAGAUAAUGAGAAUCGAGGGAGAUAUUUGGAGAUUAAGUGAAGAAAUUGUCGAACACCUCCUUCCACUGACAGGCCACAAGACCAUUGGCUGCAAAGUAGAAGAGAUCAAGAGGAAAAUUACAUUGAGGGGUGAUUUCGUGGAGUAUACAAAAGCGUUUCUUUUGGACAAAGGAUUUUAGAUGUUAAUUUUGUGAUAAAUAUAGUGUUACAUAGACA